CAUAUGAAAGUAAAUCGAAGCCGAAGCACGACAAUAGAAGCUCAUAGUUGCGUGGUUGGAGUUGGUGAUUGUAGUUCUAUUUAAUACUUUGGGCAUUAAAUAUUAAAAAAUGUCGUUAAAUACAGCACAUGCAAAUGGAGGAGUUUUAAUACACGCAGGAGAAUGCAUCCUGCUCUUUUGUGAUCAUAUAACGAUAGAAUUUCAUGGACAAGAUCAACCAGAAUUCAAGGGCUCGAAACAUGGACGACUCUACUUAACCACUCAUCGCAUGAUUUUCAAUGCCAAGGAAUCACGUGACAAAAUGCAGUCUUUCAGUUUCCCAUUUGUUACUCUUAGAGAUGUUGAGUUACAGCAGCCAGUGUUUGGAGUAAACUAUAUAAAAGGCAAGGUCCGAGCCCAACCAAAUGGAAACUGGAUUGGGGAAGCAAAGUUUAAGAUCAUGUUCAAAAAUGGAGGCGCAAUUGACUUUGGCCAAGCAAUGCUGAAGGCAGCUCACAUGGCAUCAAGAGGAGGGUCACCAAGUGAUGCUCCACCACCAUAUGCACCUCCUAUGGGACCAUGGUAUGCAGCCCCUCCUCCAGCAUAUGCUCCGUCUCCAGCUGGGUACUAUGGAUGGGUUCCCCCCACGCAUGCAUUCCCUGAUGCACCACCUGCAAAUUCAGUAUAUAUGACAGAUAUGCCACCUCCAUACCCUGGUAUCAAUGCCUAUAAUGGAUAUGUAACUGCAUCUGCACCACCACCACCUGGAGCUGUAGGUUUUACCCAGUCACCAGCAGGAGCACCAUCUUCAGCUGAUGCAAAAGCAGCUGAAGCAGCUCAAAGUGCAUACUAUGAUCCAAAUCAACCACAGUGUGCAUAUGUUCCACCACCAGCAUAUUAUGAGUCCCCACCAACAUACCAGGCAGCAACAACCAAGAAAGGCCAGUAAAUUCACUUACCUAGCCUUCCCCUGUUAUCAUUUCCUCUUAGAUAGCUUGAAUGGUUCUUUGAGUUUACUUUCAGCAUGGUAAAUAAAUCAAAAACAUUUUAUUUUAAGUUCUUUCACUGCUAAGUUUUAUUUGAUUCUUUAUAGAGAGUUAAGAUCUCAUUGCUAAAACUAUGUGUCAUCAGCUAUAAAAAUUAAUAAAUUAAAUGAAACCAAAUUAAUGUUAGGGUACAUUUAAACACAUUUGUGAUGUACUGAAGCAUUUCAUAUAUUGAUACUUAUUGAAUAUAUGCAAGUUUUAAAAUAUCUUGCUACAUUAAUUCGUUGAAGAUGUUUAUUACUCUGAAACAUAAUUUUUUUCUGGUGAUAAUAAAGUGUCUUGAAAUGUCAUGCUAACACCUAAAGAUGAGAGGAGGAAUUACAAAUAUAAAUAUACAGUGUGUCCACAAAGUCCCGUCAAGGUUUUGAAAAAUUGU